CUGCCGGAUGCGCGGCGGCUGCGGCGCCUCGGCGGGGACCCCGGCGCCCCGGGGGGCCCAGGUGUCCGAGGGCUGCGCGGCGGGGCCGCCCGGGCGCUAGCGGCGGCGAGGGACCCAGGAGUCCGAGGGGGCCCCGGCGUCCGAGGGGCCCAGGAGCCCGAGGGGCCCCGGCGCCCGAGGGGAUGGCGGAGGAGUUGCCCGUGGACCUGCGGACGUGGCGGGCGGCGGCGGGCCCCCUCCCGGUCGCGGCCCCCCCUCGGCCGCGGCAGCCUGAGGCGUCGCUGCCGCUGCGGAAGCGGCGCUCGGCGAUGCGGGAGGCGGCAGCGGCGGCGGGGGGGACCGGGACGCCGGGCCCCCCCCCGGGCAAAGCGCCCCGCGGCGGCGGCGGCGCCCCCGGCCCGGCCUGCGCCCCCCACGCCCUCGCUCCCUCGUGCCUGGCCCUCGCCUUCCCCCCCCUGCCCGCCGCCUACUACCCAGGGCUGCUGCCCGCGGCCGGGGCUGGGCCGCCGCCCCCGCCACCUCCGCUCGCCUUCGCCCCCGGCCCCUUCGCACUGCUCGGCGCCGCCGGGACGCAGCUGGCGGCCGAUAUCGCCGCGGCCACGGGGCAGGACGAGGACGGCGACACGGCCUUGCACAUCGCGGUGGCCCAGGGCAACCUGGGGGCUGCCCGGCGCCUUGUGGGACUCUUCCUGCAGGGCCGCCGGGACCUUGACGUUUAUAACCGCCUGCGCCAGACGCCGCUGCACCUGGCGGUGAUCACGGCGCAGCCGGCACUGGUGAAGCUGCUCGUGGCGCACGGGGCCUCGCCGAUGGCGCCUGACCGGCACGGGCGCACGGGCGCCCACCUGGCCUGCGAGCACCGCAGCGCCCGCUGCCUGCGUGAGCUGCUCGCCGCCCCCGGCGCCCCCCCCGACCUCGAGGCCCGCAACUACGAAGGGCUGACGCCGCUGCACGUGGCUGUGGGCGCGGGGGCGCGGGAGCCGGCACAGCUGCUGCUGGAGGCUGGCGCCGACGUGGAUGCUGCGGACAUCAAGAGUGGCCGCUCACCGCUGCUGCAUGCUGUGGAGCGUGGCAGCCUCGACAUGGCGCAGCUCCUCAUCCAGCCCGCUGCCAUGCCGCAGCGGGGGGCGCGGGUGAACGCACAGUCCUACGCGGGGUGCACGGCGCUGCACGCGGCAGCGGGCCGGGGGCUCCUGGCGCUGCUGCGGCUGCUGGUGCGGAGCGGCGCUGAUUGCGGCCUCAAGAACUACCAUAACGACACGGCGCUGGCUGUGGCCAAGAAUCGGCAGGUCAUCGACAUCCUGCGGGGAAAGGCAUCUCGACCCCCCCCGGCCCCUCCCAGCCCCGAUGUCCCCCCCGACACCCCCCGGACCCCCAAUGGCCGGACCAGCGCCUCCCCCGAGUCCCUCCCAGAGGCCCCCAGCCCCCCACCCACCCCAGGUGCUACCGCCACAGCCAAUCAGACACCAGAAGCUGCCGACUUGACCAAUGGGGUGUCGACAGCAGGGACCCGCCCCCUGGUGAAGCAGGAGGGUGAUCCAGCCCUGCCCACCCCAAGGCAGCCAAUGGGGUGCGCUGGUGGCCCUGCCCUUGCCCUGCCAUUGGCUGAUGCCCAGCUGGAGCGCCCCCAGCACAGCAGCCUGUACCCAAUGGCGUCACCCGGCCAGGAGGCCGUGGCCAAUCCCUUCUCCCCACUGCUGCCUGGCCCCUACCACCAUCCAAUCCUCUCACUGGGGCUGGGGCCACUGGCCAAUCAGGGGCCACUGGGGAAUGACCAAUCACGGACGCUGCAGGGUAGGGGCAGCCCUGCCCCAGGGGGCCCCCGGCUCCGCCCCCGGGAUGGGCGGGGCCAGGCAGGCGGGGGCAGGUGACCGCGGACCCCGGCGUCCGGGGACCCGGUGUCCGGGGACCCAGGCGUCGCUGCCACGGACUUGCAGCCACGGGGCCCAGGCAUCCCGGCGGGAGUGUUGCUCCCGUGGCUCCUCCCCCCACCGUGGGGCCCAGGCGUCUGGGCCCUGUCCAGGAGCAUUAACCCCCCCCCCGGGGGGUAAUUUAUUGCGGGGGGGGGGGAGGGGAAAUCCUGUAAAAUGGCAAAUUAAAGUUUUUUUUGUUUGUUUAA